CAGGAGCAGAUCGCGUAGUGAACGAGACACGAGGACUUCUCUUGGGUUAGUUUCCUGUUUAUGCCUAUUUAAAAUAACUAAUCCUUAAAGGUGGGUUGCCAUUGCCAUGGUAACAAAGGAUGCUUAGCUCAGUAUGGGAACAGCUGGAAGCACAAAGAGAAAACAAAAGUCAAGCACACUGAGCACUGCACAACAGGACACGGGUUUCUGCACAGGCAUGGCAGACCACAAAGACAACAUAGAUGACUUUAAGGUCCAAACAGCCAAACACCCAAACAUCAGCUCUGUCCCCAUGAGGCCGCACACUGAACAAUCCCGGGACCGUACCUCCAAAAGGCUCUCCACCGAGUCCAACGGCACCAGUGAUGGAGGCAUGGGCUCGUCCACACCAGUUGAGAUCACAGCUUUGGAGGAGUCAUUCCGGCGCUUUGCCAUCCACGGAGACACACGGGCCACGGGCAGAGAAAUGCAUGGCAAAAACUGGUCCAAACUGUGCAAGGACUGUGGUGUGAUUGAUGGGAAAAACAUCACCCUGACAGAUGUGGACAUCGUCUUCAGCAAAGUCAAGAAGAAAUCCUGUCGAACCAUCACCUAUGACGAGUUCAAGGUCGCGCUUGGGGAAUUAGCGAGGAAAAAGUACAGAGAGAAGAGCGGGGAGGAGGCUGAGGCUGAGGUCUUCAAGCUAAUCGAGGGAAAGGGGCCUGUCAUUGCAGGAGUUACGCGAGCUGUAGCCUCUCCUACCGUGAGCCGUCUGACUGACACCACAAAGUUCACCGGGUCGCACAAGGAACGCUUCGACGACUCGGGGCGCGGAAAGGGCAAGGCCGGGCGGGUCGACAUAGUGGACACAUCGGGAUACGUCUCCGGAUACAAACAUAAAGGGUCAUAUGAGAAGAAAGUCACCAAAAAUAACGUGGGCAAACCCAUGUGAGGGUAAGAAGAAGGAAAAAUAACAUUUGACCAACUAGAGUAAUUUGCUAUUAAAAGAGUUCUCAAAUCAAGCACAAAAGAGUAGGUAUUGAUCUACAGUAUUUUCCCAUUCAUCUAUGUGUAUGAGAGAUUUUGAGUUUGUUUUCUUGUUGUGAAAGUGUGAGAACUGGAAAACUGUUUACAUCCAUUUUUACAAAGUCAUCACCAGCUGGUACAUUCCUAUCUAAUAGUGAGUUACUGCCAAAACACUGAAAACGCUAUGCUAUCAAUAUUGACACUGUUCAUAUAGGGUCAUAUAUUAAUUAUCCAGCAAAAUGAUGAAGAACAAGCCAAGAAAAACAAACUAUAACACAGUAUGACAUUGCACUUUUUAAUAGAAAUAUCAAAUCCCGUUUUAUUUAGUACUUUUUAUA